AUGUCUAUCUUCGAGUCGCUGCCAUACGACGUCCUCAUCGCCGUGGGAAACGCAUGCAAAAAGUCUGAUUUGAGCAACCUAGCCAAGGCUAACCAUCUAUGCUACGACCUGUUCAAUCAGCUGCUUUAUUCGCGCAACGCCAAGGAGGAUGCUCCUCAUCAGUCAUGCAUCUUUUUUGCGAUUCAGUCUAAUAACAUCCACACUAUUCGCAAGGCGUUGGAGCUUGGGGCUGAUGUGAAUACUCGCGCGUUGGCAAUCCCUGCACCGUUUCUCUUUGCUAGGCGCGAGGAGCAGCAUGCCGCAUGGCCAUACGACGGUGAGAUGCUUACACUAAAUCAAGUUACUUGGAAUCAUGCACAGCCAGCGAGAGAAGAGGCUGUUGUCGCGGACAAUGAGAUCGUCACAGCAAAUCAAGCUGCCUGGAAUCAUCCAGAGCCAGCAGAAGAUGAAGAAGUGGAUGCAGACGAAGAUGGAUCGCUCAUGGUUGCCAUGUCGGAUAUCGCCUCCGUCCUGGAAGCAUUGGACAUGACCGAAGAUGUGGUCGAAAUGCAAGCCGUCAAUGUUGCGGCCCCAAAACUAUCCUACACGCCUCUUCAAUGUGCGACGUUCUUCCGUCGGCGUGAAAUUGUAGAAUGCCUGUUGCAGCAUGGAGCAGAUCUCCAUGCGACGGCUCAAGGAAGCUGUGACUGCCUCGAGGAUGCUGAUAGUGUCAGCGCCCUCCAUAUUGCACUUUCUCAUGGUCAAGGGCAUGGAGACGCCGUGGCAAUAGCAAGAAUUUUCAUCGAACGCGGAGCUCGAGACUCUGCAAAGGGGCACCCGGCGAUUUUUGAAAUUGUCGCCAACGCAGAGGUCGAACUCUUCGACGUCAUGCUAAACCGUCAUGAAGUGGACAUCCAUGCCACCGACAAAUCAGGCCGUAAUCUCCUACACUUGGCCGUCGACUCUUCUGAUGGCGCUUGCUUACCGCUGUGCCGAAGACUUCUCGACAGAGGUGUGGAUGCCAACCACAUAGACAACAUGGGACGAACACCGUUCUCGUCCAUGGCAACAAGCGGGGAGUUUGUCCCAGUUGCCAUACUUCUACUUGAGCGUGGGGCCAACCCUACGCUUGCUCUUGUCCAUGACAAUGGCACUCGUCCCCGGAGUAUGCUUGACGCGUGCACUUUCGACAUCGAAGACUAUCCAUCAGGUGUUCCUUGGCAGGGGCACGACGGAUUUGUUAGGGAGCAGAAGAGACGGACCCAGCUCGUGAAACUUUUGCUGGAAAGGGGCAUACCGCCAAAUCCGAGACAAGGCUCCCGAAGCAACCACAAAGCCCUGACUAGAGCACUGUUCGGUGCUGCCGCUCACCUGAGGGAUGUCAACUGCAUGCAGAUGUUGAUUGAUGCUGGCGCCCGAGCUGAUUCCACAAUUGGAAGAGCCUUCUACAGGGAUAAGUGGUCUCUCUUGGUCGCUUUGGUCAAACAUGAGGCUCGGAAAUGGGGCUUUUUGACAUUUGACGAUAUUCCGGAGGAAAUCUCGAUGAUAAACCGUAUUCGCCUCCUGUUGGACAACGGGGCUCCUUUGGGCCCUGUCAAGGGCGCCGGCGAACAAAGCAGGGUACACUUGUUCAGGAGGCCAUUAGAUGGGGGUGAUGAGGCAGAAGGGGGAGAGUUCACCCAUCUGGUGCAUUUGGAGGAUGAGAGCGAUGAAGAAUUUACAGCGACAUGGGACGCGUAUUCGAUCCAAGGCCUUGGUUCGGGUCUCUUCGAGUUUAGUACAGGGACAGCAAGUUCCUCCGCUAUGGAGGUAGCCUUUGAGCUCGCUGCAUCAGACAAGAAGGUGACUUUCCGCCCCGAAGUUGGGUUCCAACUGAACGACAUAUUUCUCGAUAUAUUUUGUGACUAUGCCACAAGCCGCAACAUCACAGAGGAGCAUCUUAGCGAUUUGAUAGAGGACUAUGAUGAGGAAGAGCAUGAGGACGCUAGUCCAGGCAAGAAGUCUUCAGGUAGGCACAAAGCUGCCUGGGACAAGUUGGUUCAGCUCCGGGACAGAUUGUAUCCAGGACAUCACAGUACUUGA